AUUUUUAAAAAUAUUUCUGUAGUGUACCAAAAACAGAGAGAAACCAAAGCUUCUUAUCUUCAGCUAUCCAUCAUUCUAUCUGUCCAUUACAGCGAACUUUAUCUGUAUAUGUAUCUAUCUAUCUACACAUAAAAACGAAGAUUGAUUUGGGUAAAGAUUAAUUAAUUAUCAUCUCAGAGAUGUCUGCAAUUCACCACUUGAGCUCUGUCUCAUCGUUCUCCCCGAUCUCAAUCUCUUUUAGAACCAAAUCAACAUACUCACACUCUCAAUCUAACCCUAAAUUCCGUUGCGCCAUUGCAGAAACAGUUGCAGAACCGAAAGCAAUUAGUGCAAGUGAACCACUAUUGCUUAGUGCUGUUCGAGGAGAAAAUGUCGAAAGACCCCCUGUUUGGCUUAUGAGACAAGCAGGGAGGUAUAUGAAGAGCUAUCAAACCAUCUGUGAGAAGUAUCCUUCCUUUCGUGAUAGAUCAGAGAAUGUAGAUCUUGUGGUGGAAAUAUCUUUACAGCCUUGGAAGGUGUUUAGACCAGAUGGGGUGAUCCUAUUUUCAGACAUUCUUACUCCUUUAUCUGGAAUGAACAUACCAUUUGACAUUGUAAAAGGCAAGGGUCCAAUCAUUUUUGAUCCGCCAAGCACAACUGCUGAUGUUGAGCAAGUGAGAGAAUUUAUCCCGGAAGAGUCGGUUCCGUAUGUAGGGGAAGCCUUAAAAAUCCUACGAAAAGAGGUGAACAAUGAGGCAGCAGUACUGGGUUUUGUGGGAGCUCCUUUUACUCUUGCAUCUUAUGUGGUUGAAGGGGGUUCAUCAAAAAAUUUCACAAAAAUAAAAAGACUGGCUUUCUCACAACCAAAGGUCCUUCACGCAUUACUUCAAAAAUUUGCAACUUCAAUGAUCAAGUACAUCCAAUACCAAGCUGAUAAUGGAGCUCAAGCUGUUCAGAUAUUUGAUUCAUGGGCAACAGAGCUAAGUCCAGAGGACUUUGAAGAGUUCAGUAUGCCGUACUUGAAGCAAAUAGUGGAUUCUGUGAAACAAACCCAUCCAACUCUUCCUCUGAUUCUCUAUGCUAGUGGAUCAGGAGGACUGCUUGAGAGAUUACCUUUGACCGGAGUUGAUGUGGUAAGCUUGGAUUGGACAGUUGACAUGGCUGAUGGGAGGAGGCGAUUGGGAACCGAUGUGGCAGUCCAGGGAAAUGUGGAUCCUGGUGUUCUAUUUGGUUCAAAAGAUUUCAUCACAAGUCGGAUACACAGUACUGUGAAGAAAGCUGGGAAACAUAAGCAUAUUUUGAAUCUUGGCCAUGGUAUUAAAGUAGGUACGCCAGAAGAAAAUGUUGCUCAUUUCUUUGAGGUUUCUAAAGCAAUCAGGUAUUGAUUGUAGUUUUUAAAAGUUUAAGCAGUUCUUGUUGAUGUUAGCUGUCUUCCCUUGUCAACAUGUUUACAUUCAACUAGAAUGAGAUUGUACCCAAUAAUUUAAUUAUCAUUUUUAUCUGUAGGUUUCAGCCAAUAAAAGAUAUAAAAUUUCAUGUUACCUUGA